AUGCAUUUAAAAAUCAAAUUUGUUACCAGUGAUGUAUGGGACAGUGAUCCCGGUGUUGAUCUUGCCGACGUAACGCUGGAACUGGGUGAGAUCGAUUAUGGCAGGCAGCUAGACCAACGAUACGAGCAGGCACCGGUACAUCUUUCCAGACGCUUUCUCAAGGCUUUACCGGCAGUGGAACAACUGCCGUCCCAUCCUCACCGUAGUUCUCCCCCCGUUGCCACUGGUGAUAAUCGUCCGUUAUCACCGCUAUCACGACCAUUCCCAAACCCCAAGGCAAAUCAGCAGGUGCACACUUUACCGCGCAUGACUCCACGGUUGCAUGCCCUGGAGGAUGACGAUGAUUCGAACCGUACACCGAAGCACAAGUUUUUUCGCAACUACAGCUUUGAUUUUCUAAAGCAAAAGCAGCUGAAAGCCAAAAUUGCAUCGGCAGUGGAAAAGAAGCAUAUUUUUUCGAUUGUUGGCCAUUAUCCGGCGUUGCGGAAAGCACUGAAAACACGCCACUGGCUCGAGAAGCAAACGUUCCGGAGUGUUUUGCUGCGUGAGCUGUCGCAUCACGCACUGUUGCAGAAGGCAUCGAAUGGAAACGAGUACGAGGAGGCCCUUGUGUCCAAGUAUCUUAAGUCUUACCUGCCGUACUUCAUCUGGCAGCAUCGGAAUAUGCGCGAUUGCAAGCAGGAUCGGUUCUAUGCGCCGUACCGCAGCCGGAUUCACUACGAGCGGCCGUACGAUUUUGCUGUGAAGGAAAACUUAAUCCGGUUGAUCAAUGCGUCCCACUGGCAUCAAGAGGAAGGCUUUGCGGAGUUGGACUAUCCCCGCACCUAUCUGCUCGAUACGGAGGAUAUCAUUACCAAGUUCCAGGAGGAUUAUCAGCUUACGAUUGUGAGCAGCUUUUUGUACCACAUGUCCAAACAUUUGGAACACUCGUUCGAUGACGAAGGUACGUUGCCGACGGAUGUGCUGACGAUAGCGAUGAAAUAUCUCCGGUACUAUCUCGGUUGCGCCCAGCAUGAGGAUAUCGAUCAUGAAGAGUUCUGCGAACCGUUGCUGACACCUGAAAAUCGACACGAGAUGGAACAGAUACUGGCGGGUGAGGCGCAGUUCGGUAGUAUCCCGGGGUAUGAGGUGCUGUCGUUGGUGGCACAGGUGAAAAAGUUGGUGCACGAGGCGGCAAAGAUUUUCCCGGACAUGAAGAUCGACGGUAUACGGAACAUGUGGAUACUGAAGCCGGGCAAUCGAUGCCGGGGACUGGGUAUAAUGAUCUUCAACGAUGAUCGUAAGCUGUUGGAGCACGUGGACAGCAAUCCGGAUGUGAAGUACGUGGCACAGAAGUACAUCGAACGGCCGUUGUUGAUACAUUGCACCAAGUUCGACAUUCGUCAGUACUUCCUGAUCACCUACACGAACAAUGUGCUGAAGGUGUGGAUGUACAAGAACUGCUAUUUACGGUUUAGCUCACGCAUGUUCAAUCUUGACGACUUCAGCGAAUCCAUCCAUCUGACGAACUAUUCCAUCCAAAAGAACUACGCCAAAGAGGUGCGCGAAGGUGCCGACGCACUGCCCGCCAGUAACAUGUGGUCGCUCAAGCGCUUCCAGGAGCAUCUACAGUCGUUAGACAAAGGUUUCUACUGGGAGCGUAAGAUCUAUCCGGACAUGAAGAAGAACAUCCUCGCAAUCGUCUGUGCCAGCCUCGAUGGGAUGAAGAUGGAACGGAACAUGUUCGAGCUGUAUGGGGCAGAUUUUAUGGUGACGGAAAAUUUUCGCACAUUGCUUAUCGAGAUCAACACCAGUCCAGACCUUUCGUCCUCGACGGAUGUAACGUCCGUGAUUUGUCCUGCGGUGCAGGAAGAUCUUGUUAAAGUUGUAAUCGACAAUACGAAGGACAAACGUGCCGGUACGGGUCAAUUCGAAUUGAUACAUUCUCUCGAGAUACCGCGCGUAGCACCUUACGGCUAUGGCUUAACCGUCGAUGGACGCUCGAUGCAGUCAAAACAUCGCUCCAAAAGCCCACUAUCGCCAAUAAACACAUCGACCGGCCCGACCGUCUCCUCUACUGCCACAUCAACGCCGAAAAGGGUACCGGCAACAGCGACUGCAAUAUCGACCGGGAUUAAUACCGGAAGUACGAAAUAUACACGCUACACCGCCAGUAGCUCGGAAUCCUCCAGCAGAGGAAGUAAAACAUCGCUCACGGGCGUUAUUUUGGAUCGACCGCGUACGACACUGAAGUGA